AUUUUUUUAAACAGCGGUGUAAGCCGGCGCAUUUCGGACCGAGGGUAUUCUAUACAUUCGAAGUAAAUAUGGAAUCAUUCGUAACGGUUUUGAAUAUUUUAUACGGUGCUCAGUAGCCAUCGUCAGCACGCUCGAAAGUGUUCGAGAGUGGCAGUAGUCCAAGCAUCACCGUGACCUUCCGAUAUUGUAAAGGACGUCCUUCUAAAUAUCGUACAUUUGUGUUCAUCAUCAUUAAGUUUUAGGAGCUGAUAAAAGAUGUUGCAAGUUGACGACAGGAAGGUACGCGGUCAUCAACGCAGCUCUUCAGAUACGCAGGCGUUUCGUGAGCGUACGAAGAGGGACGCGCAGACCGAACUGCAGCGGGAACUCGAGAAGCUGCAGGCUACUGCCACUGAGGACAAGAGGGAGAUAAUCGACCGACAGUUCGCUGGAUUCAAGCAUCUGUUCGAGCGAUUUCUGCAAGAGGAAGGCCCGUCCUUGGAAUGGGAUCGCAUUCAGAAACUGCCCGAGGAGGCGGUGAAGGAUUACAACUCUUUGCCAUCACCAGAGAAACAAGAAGUCAAGGCUCUUUUGGAUAAACUAGUCGUAGUUAAAUUAAAUGGCGGCCUUGGAACGAGCAUGGGAUGUCAUGGGCCAAAAUCAGUCAUCGCUGUGCGAAAUGGACUCACCUUUUUGGAUCUCACUGUUCAACAAAUUGAACAUUUGAAUAAAACUUACAAUGCCAAUGUGCCACUUAUACUAAUGGAUUCAUUCAACACGGAUGACGAUACUCAACGCAUAAUCAGGAAGUACAAAGGGAUCGAUAUAGACAUUCAUACUUUCAAUCAAAGCUGUUAUCCGCGCAUAAAUAGGGAUUCUCUGCUCCCGAUCGCCAAACACUGUCAAGUUGAUGAGGAUAUCGAAGCCUGGUAUCCACCCGGUCACGGGGACUUCUACGAGAGCUUUCAAAAUUCUGGUUUACUGAAGAAAUUCAUUCGAGAGGGCCGUGAAUAUUGUUUUAUUUCGAAUAUAGACAAUCUCGGUGCCACAGUAGACAUGAAAAUUUUGAAAUUAUUGUUAAGUAAUGGACCAGAGCCGCCCAUGGAAUUUGUCAUGGAAGUAACCGACAAGACGCGAGCGGAUGUCAAGGGUGGUACGCUUAUAAAAUACGAGGACAAACUUCGUCUUCUCGAAAUAGCUCAAGUUCCUAAGGAUCACGUCGAUGAUUUCAAAUCCGUUAAGACUUUCAAGUUUUUCAACACCAACAACCUCUGGAUUAAACUCAGUGCCAUUGAAAGAGUACUUGAAAAGAACGCGUUAAAUAUGGAGAUAAUUGUGAAUAAUAAGACUUUUGCUAACGGUCUAAAUGUAAUACAACUUGAGACAGCUGUGGGAGCUGCUAUGAAAUCAUUCGAAGGAAGUAUCGGUAUUAAUGUGCCACGUAGUAGAUUCUUGCCGGUGAAGAAGACUUCCGACCUGAUGCUCGUGAUGAGUAAUCUGUACACUCUGCGUAACGGAUCACUCGUAAUGAGCCCUCAAAGAAUGUUCCCCACAACGCCUCUCAUUAAAUUAGGAGACAACCAUUUUUCGAAAGUGAAGGAAUUUUUGACUAGAUUUCCGACGAUACCAGACCUCCUCGAAUUGGAUCACUUAACAGUGUCGGGCGAUGUUACUUUCGGAAAGGGAGUGACGCUGAAAGGCACCGUUAUUAUAAUUGCUAAUCACGGAGAACGUAUAGACCUUCCUUCCGGAACCGUCUUGGAAAAUAAAAUCGUAUCGGGCAAUCUGCGUAUAUUAGAUCAUUAAGUAUAGGAAGAAGAAAAAGAAGCAGCAGCAGCGGCAUAGUGUCUUAAUAUUUGUCUCACAGAUUUCGCCUAAAUGUUUGAGAGAAAAUGCUCUCAGCGGUCGUGUCCUACUUUAAAUUAACUAGUCAUACAAUUCAAUUGUACAUAUACGGAUAUAUAUUUUAGUGGAGGCUCCGGUGAUAUUUCUUAUAAAAAUUAUUUUACUGGAAAUUGUAUAUAAGGAAUUUUGAAUGUGUGUUCGCGAGCUGUCGGGGGUAUACAAGCAGAAAUUUGUUAUGCGGAGAAUAUAUACAUGUUAUAUCUCUUACAACGAUUGAAACUAUCGGAGUAUAUUGUAUUAUAUUAUUGUAAUGAAU